UAGAAUAAAGUCACACGAGAAAAAUUACCGUGACGUGACAUCGUAGCAGUUUCGUGAACGGAAGCUAAACUAACCAGUGAAACCAUUGUUUGGGGACCUGGGUCCACCAGAGGGUUCUUCGUGUCGCGGUCCCAAUUAAAACGCGAACAUUGCCGAAGUAAAUAAUGGAAUUGGGGGGGUUAGACGUGGUGUUGUUGCGUUACAAGUGUCGCUACCAGCGCCUUCAGAGGGAAAGGGGAGUCGUGUCGCUGUGACAUUCGGCGGACGAGGAGGAAACAGGGAAGCAGUCGCGGUGGGGAUGUUGUGACAGUCCCAACUUUGAUGCUAUGCUAACGCUAGCGAGCUAACCGAGGAGGAAGUUGAGUUACUGCGCCUGUGAUGGAGCAGGAACAUUUAUGACGUCAUCUAAACAUCAGCGUGACUGAUACUUCGGAGUUAACUCAACUCACACGCGUAUUGUAAAAUAUCAAAACAAUACUAGUUCAAUGUUGGACAUAAAGAUAGUUAUACAUUGUGUAUAACAACUCUCCAUGAAGGCAAAACAUAUAUAUAAGUUUCGGUUAUGUAACAUUUUAAGAAUUGAAAUUAGGCUGUUGUGUAUUUAUAAUGUCAAUACAACCUUUUCAUUGUGUUAAGGGUUGGGAGAUGUCUGCUGUUAGUUCCUGUGUAUGAUAGGAGUGUAGUGUGAACACACCCAGACUCAAGUUGUUGAAAUCUUCAGGCAUGUACUGGUAAUACAAGUAACCCUGACCAACAACAUCUUGCUGUUCUCGCCGCUCUAUAAUCUAAUUCAAUCUGUGAGUUUGUGAAUACACACCUUCAUAUCUUUUUAACUCUUUGUUGAUUAGAGAACACGUGUUUUUGUUGGGUUGGAUGGAGAUAAUCUGGAGAAGGUGUUAGAAUUGUGACAUUCGGGUGUUGUCGAGCUUUAUGUAAUGUUGCUGUAUGUAAAGCAUGGGCGUGUGUGCUCUCCUUUGUCGUUGUGAUGAUAAUGUCUGAUGAAAUCUGUCAGCUGUAGGAAUAAAUUCUAAGCAUUGGUACAAUAAAGUCAAUUAAGGUCUAGUUCAGUAUUUGUUUACAAUCGAUACACAUAUCAGGGCAAUUCCUAUCCAGUUUGACAAGUAAUCCUUUUUUCCUGUUGUCUGGAUUGAGACAGGUUAGACUAUUAUUGUCGACAGUUAAAUGAAUGCAUGUUAGUACUAGUUCUGCCUUCCUAUUUUAAUCAUCUUGACCCGGAAACAAAUAUAUAGUGUUCAUCUUCCAACACUAAACAUCGUCUUUGUUAAUGAUUUCAAUGGUAAUUAAGAGAAGGUGAAGGGCAUUAAUGUUUUUUCUUCAUUAUAAACUUCUCAGUUAAACUUAUUCCUUUAACCAGAUAAAUUACAUGUCAACUAGCGAGAAAACUAAUGUGCGACUAAAACAACGAGUCAUAUGUAUUAGGAAGUGACUGCUGUGUUUAUAGGUCAAACAAGGAAGUUGAGAGAAGACGUGUCACAUCAGAGUAGUUCUUCAUUUCCAUGUAUAUUUGUAUGCACUCCUUUCUUCUGUGCACUCAAGUGAUAGGGGAUUCAGGGUGUAGUUCAGGGUUUCUCUGAGGACAAUAUUUAGCUGAGGGAGAAAGAUGUUGGCCUGAUCAAUAGUCUCACUAAAUAUAAUGGGUUUUGCAUGUGUGAAAUAUUGCCUCUGCUGUUCCCCCCCUAAAGGAUUGAUUUCAGGAUGUUUUGGGAAAUCCUUAAUGGGGUCAUUAAGAGUGUGCGGAAGGAUGGAGAAUGGAAGGUUCUUAUUGUGGACCACAUGAGCAUGCGUAUUCUUUCAUCUUGUUGCAAGAUGUCUGAUAUUUUGGCUGAGGGGGUGACCAUUGUGGAAGACAUCAACAAACGUAGGGAGCCCAUCUCUAGUUUGGAGGCCAUUUAUUUGAUUUCACCAGUGGAGAAGUCUGUGCGUGCUCUCAUUAAUGACUUCAAAGAUGCUGCAUUUACAUACAAAGCAGUGCACAUCUUCUUCACUGACACUUGUCCAGAUGGUCUCUUUGCUGAGAUUGGGAAAUCCAGAGUUUCCAAGGUGGUCAAGACUUUGAAAGAGAUCAACGUGGCUUUUCUGCCAUAUGAGUCUCAGGUGUUCUCCCUGGAUGACCCUUCGUCCUUGUACCAAUUCUAUAGUACGAAGCCUAAUGAGCAAAAAGACAAAAUGAUGGAAAAUCUGGCCGAGCAGAUUGCGACCCUGUGUGACACACUUAAGGAGUACCCUGCAAUCCGAUAUCGCAAAGGACCAGAGGAGACUGUUAGACUGGCUGAGGAGGUUCACCAGCGCCUCAUUGCUCACAAAGCUGACAACCCAAGCAUGGGAGAGGGUGCAGAUAAGGCACGAUCACAGCUACUGAUCGUGGAUCGUGGGUUUGAUCCCAUCUCUCCUAUUCUACAUGAGCUAACCUUCCAGGCAAUGGUCUACGACCUGCUAGAUAUCAAACAGGAUAUCUAUACUUAUCAGACAACCGGCAUUGGGAAUGCAAAAGAGAGGGAAGUGUUGUUGGAUGAAGACGAUGAGCUCUGGGUGCAGCUCAGACAUAUGCACAUCGCAGAUGUCACAAAGAAAGUGACAGAGCUUCUGCGCACCUUCUGUGAGAGCAAGCGAAUGUGCACCGAUAAUGCCAACAUGAAGGAUCUGUCACAGAUGUUAAAGAAAAUGCCUCAGUAUCAGAAGGAGCUGGGCAUGUACUCUACUCACUUGCACCUAGCUGAAGCUUGUAUGAAGAAAUUCCAGGCCUCUCUUGAUAAGCUCUGCGAAGUGGAACAGGACCUGGCAAUUGGAGCAAAUGCAGAGGGGGAGCCACUGAAAGAUGCCAUGAAAUGCAUUGUUCCUGUGCUUCUCAACCAAGAAAUUGAAGUUUACGACAAAAUCCGCAUCAUACUGCUGUACAUAUUUCACAAGAAAAAAGGCAUUGGGGAGGAGAACCUGGUAAAGCUCAUCCAACAUGCUAACAUACAGGCCGACAGCAACAUCAUAACCAACCUGCAGAACCUGGGCUGUAACAUAAUAGCUGGGGGUCGCAAUGCUGGGAACACACUGCCAGAGCGGAAGGAGCGCAAAGAGAGCACAUACCAGCUCUCUAGAUGGACACCCACCCUUAAAGAUGUCAUGGAGAAUGCCAUAGAAGACAAACUGGACAGAAAGCAAUGGCCAUUCAUCUCUGAUCCUGCUCCCAUCAAUACAACUCAGACUGCAGUCAGCAGUGCACGUUUUGGACACUGGCACAAAAAUAAGUCUCCAACAGAAUAUCGCACUGGACCUCGACUUAUUGUUUUUGUGAUUGGUGGGGCGUCCCACUCCGAGAUGCGUUCUGCUUAUGAAGUCACUCGCGCCACUGAUGGGAAAUGGGAAGUGUUGAUCGGGUCCUCUCACAUCCUGACUCCAACCAGCUUCCUCAAUGACCUCAAGAGUCUGGACCAAGUUCCUAAUCCCGAUUGUUAGAUAGCGAACAGGGAGGAGCACACUGGAACAAGGGUUUAGUCUCUUACUUCAGAUUAUCGGGUCAUCUGACGAGAAAUAUGAAGAGAAAUUUUAGAUGUAGCCAUGGAGGGAAACAUUUGUGAAUCAUAAUUUUAUUUUAGCGCGUUAUUUUUAUCAUUUAUUUUGUCAUGUGGGAUCUGUACACUGCUGUGAUUGACACUGUAUUAAAAUAUUUAAUAGAAUUGCUAAUAUUUAGAUUAUUGUACUAUUCUCAUUCAAAAUCGUAUUUUUGUUACUGUGUUAUAUUUGAUUUCCCUAAUUUUGUACUCAAAAUCUGCAUAAUUUCCACAAAACUGGAUCAUCUCACACCAAAAAUCUUAUUCAAGUUUAUGUACAUAGGUCAAUGGAUGUUUGCGUUGUUAAUUUAGUGACAUUAAUUGUGUGAAAUCUCUCCCCCUUCCUCUUGGAAAUUGAAUCUCAGCCAAAAUGUCUCAACUGCUGUCGUAUGAUAUCUUGCACAUUCAUAAUAUGCUUAUAUAUUCCUGGGAGCAAGUGUGGUGGGUGUUUCUUUGUUGUUAAAAAUGAGUUAUUAAAGAAACAUAAGAUUGACUUUAA